CCAAAAUGUCGGGGGACGAGGAACGAUCACCGUGUAAGGAACGGCCAGAAGAUAAGACGGAUCCGGGCGCUAGUAGGCACGGGAACUUCAUGAAUUAUUACCAAUUCCAUCCUGCGGAAGAGCGCGUGCGACAACUUCCGUGUGGCGUGUGGCGGUCGGCCCAUCCGGACCGGAAGUACGUAGGCCUAGACGUCGGCUGUAACGCGGGGGAUUUAACAUUCGUGUUGCACGACUUCCUCGAGACCGCCUUAUCGGCCGAUCAGCCCAAGGAGAUCCGUUUGCUCGGCGUGGACCUCGAUCCGAUCUUAAUCGAACGGGCACGGGAACGCAACCCACGACCGGAUCGUAUUAUUUUCGAGUGUCUGGAUUUUUUGGCCGAGGAUUGUAACCGGACGCUGGACGAGCAACUUCGUCGAUUCGAGAAGUCACGCUUCGACGUCGUGUUCUGUUUCUCGGUUACGAUGUGGAUCCACUUGAACCACGGGGACGAAGGACUGGUGGAAUUCCUGCGCAAGGCUUGUUCCGUCGCUGACAUGAUCGUGAUCGAGCCCCAGCUCUGGAAGUGUUACAGAAACGCGUCCAGGAGGCUGAGACGCUCGAAAGGCGAGGAUUUCCCGUUGCUGAAGACGUUGAAGCUCACUGGAGAUCCGGCUGGACACAUCGAUCGCAUACUGACGGAAUUUUGCAAUUUCCAAAGAGUCACGGUUACCGAGAACAAUGAGUGGAAACGGAGACUAUUAAUUUAUGCGAGGACGUGAGCUUCACAGAUUGAUGCAUUUCCGUACGUUAAUCGACGUCGAAUGAGCGAAUGACGAUUUUUCUUUCACGCGAACGCUCUUCGGAAUAUUAAUGCGGCUGCUGGAAUAAUUUUUAAUUGUCCGACGUGUUCGCGCCGGCUAAAAGUUGCGACAGAUACUGCCUUUGCUUUGUUACAGAUAAUAG